UUCGAAGCCGCAAACGCAUUGGUGCAGAUCUCGGUGGGGUUCGCACAACACGUUACCGCUCCGACUCCGACUAAGUUGGAACGCGUGCGUUUUCACCGUUCGAUUGUCCCGUGUGUGCGUGUGUUUACCAAGUUCGUAACAAAGUCCGAGCAGAUAUUCGACAACAACGGGAAACGGAGUGUGUACUUCGAGUGGAUUCGAGGUGUGCGUCGACAGUGUUUGACACAGUGUAGAGAUUUGGGGCGAGUGGCGGCUGGCUUCGCUUUUUGGAUAAGCUUCGUGGCACACACCGAAAAGGGGCGCAGUAUGUGCCCGGCGCUGGGCUUGGCGCCGCACCCCAAGACAGGACGUUCAACCUCGUGUACACGCCGAAUUAUCCGCCGACAAGAGCCAACCGAUUCCGGGGUGGUCCCGACAUACAAAAGAGAAUGACUCAGAGGGAGGACGUGCUAAAAUUCGAGCAGGGCCGCAUCAAGGCCCUGCAGGAGGAACGGCUGCACAUACAGAAGAAGACUUUCACCAAAUGGAUCAACUCGUUUCUUCUGAAGGCGCGGAUGGAGGUGGACGACUUGUUCACGGACCUGGCGGACGGCAAGAAGCUGCUGAAGCUGCUCGAGAUCAUCUCCGGCGAACGGCUGGCCAAGCCGAACAAUGGCCGCAUGCGAGUGCACAAGAUCGAGAACGUGAACAAGUCGCUGGCGUUUCUUCACACCAAGGUCCGAUUGGAGAGUAUAGGAGCCGAAGAUAUCGUCGAUGGAAACCCGAGGCUGAUCUUGGGUCUCAUCUGGACGAUUAUCCUGAGGUUCCAGAUCCAGGAGAUCGAGAUCGACGUGGACGAGGAGAACGACAGCAGCGAGAAGAAGUCGGCGAAGGACGCGCUGUUGCUCUGGUGCCAGAGGAAGACUAAUGGAUACCCUGGCGUCAACAUCCAGGACUUCACUGGGUCCUGGAGAAGCGGGUUGGGCUUCAACGCCCUCAUCCACGCCCACCGACCAGAUUUGGUCACUUGGUCCGAGUUACAACAGAAUAAGAACAUCGACAACCUUAACUAUGCCUUCGACGUCGCCAAUUCUGAGCUGGGUAUACCGAGGCUGUUGGACGCCGAGGACGUGGACACCGCGAGGCCGGACGAGAAGUCCAUCAUCACCUACGUCGCCUCGUAUUAUCACACGUUCGCCCGGAUGAAGAACGAGAUCAAGAGCGGCAAGAGAAUCGCUAACAUCGUUGGGCAAAUGAUGGAGGCCGACAAGAUGAAGAUCCAUUACGAGAAGCUGACCACCGAUCUGCUCGAGUGGAUCAAGAUGAAGAUAGGGGUGCUGGAGAGCCGCAGCUUUCCAAACUCUCUGGAGGGCAUACAGCGGGAGCUUCUGGCUUUCAAGCAGUACAGAACGGUGGAGAAGCCGCCGAAAUACAAGGAGAGAUCGGAGAUUGAGGCUCUGUAUUUUCACAUAAACACUCAAUUGAAGUCGUUGAACCAGCCUGCGUUCACACCCCAGGAGGGUCAGCUGGUGCACGACAUCGAGAGGAACUGGGUGGAGCUGGAGCGGGCGGAGCAUCGCCGAGAGGUUGCCCUUAGAACUGAACUUCUGAGGCAGGAGAGGCUAGAACAAUUGAAUUACAAAUUCGAGAGGAAGAGCGUACUGCGAGAGGGUUACCUGAAGGAGAUGAUUCAGGUGUUAACGGACCCCAGGUACGGCAGCAAUCUAGCCCAGGUGGACGCCACGGUUAAGAAGCACGAAGCGAUCAGCGCGGACAUACUAGCUAGAGAAGAACGUUUCCACGAUUUGACGAACAUGUCCGAAGAGUUGGUUAGAGAGAAUUACCACGGUAUGGAGAGGGUUCAAGUCAGGGAGCAGGAGGUGCUGCAGAAGUGGAAGGAGCUUCUUGCUCUUCUGGACCAUCACAAAUCUAAUCUGGUUGCUCUAAGCUCUUUGAUGAGUCUGAUGCGGGAGAUCGACACGACCUUAGCUUCCAUUCAGGAGCUGCAGCUCUACUUCCAAAGCACCGACGUGGGUCCACAUUUGCUGGGAGUCGAGGACCUGCUGCAGAAACAUAGCUUGCAGGAGCUCCAGGUCACAGCUUUGGGCGAGACGCAAAGGAGACUCGGUAGACAGGCAGCCCAACACCUGUCUCAGCCGCAGAGUAAGGAAGUUCCUUUGCUGCAACAGAAGCUGGAGAUGCUGAACCGAGCGUACGACGAGCUGGUGGAGUACAGCAAGGAGCGUAAGGCUCGCCUGGAGGACGCCAGGAACUUCUUCCACUUCCUGCAGGACCACGAGGACGAGGAGUCUUGGCUGAUCGAGAAGCAGAGAAUCUGUAAAGCCGGAAUCUCGGCGAAAGAUUUGCGGGCUGUCAUCUCCCUGCAGCAGAAACACAAAGCCCUGCAGGAUGAGAUGAAAGUACGGAGGCCGAAGUCUGAGCAGCUCUGCGAUGCUGGGAGAAAGCUGAUCGCUGACAGCCAUCCAUCCUCUUUAGAGAUUCAGAAUCGCAUCGACUCGUUGCAAGAACAUUGGAAGGUUCUCGAAGAGCUGGCAGCUCUGAGGAAGAAACAGUUGGACGACGCGGCCGAAGCUUUCCAGUUUUAUGCUGACGCCAAUGAGGCUGACUCCUGGAUGAACGAGAAGAUGGCUCUCGUGGCUUCUGAAGAUUACGGUGUCGAUGAACCGAGUGCGCAGGCGCUUCUUCAGAGGCACAAGGACCUGGAGGGUGAACUGAACGCGUACAAGGGCGACGUGCAGUCGUUGAACAUGCAGGCUGAGAAGCUAAUCAAGUGCGGUAUAUCGACCCUCGAAUUGUCGGCGGAUCCUGAACCCGUUGCGGAACUGGAGCAGGAAGAAUGGAGCAAGGAGAUAAGGCUGGUGCCUCAAGAUGAAUGGGUUGACGAAGUGGUCGAGCGGAUGGAACCGAGAACGGUCCUCGAAGACAGACUGGUACCGCAGGUGAAGAGUUUGUAUCCAUUCAGUGGGCAGGGUAUGCACAUGGUAAAAGGUGAGACAAUGUUCUUGCUGAACAAGACCAACCCGGAUUGGUGGAGUGUCAGAAAAGCUGACGGUAGCGACGGGUUCGUACCAGCAAACUAUGUUCGUGAGGUUGAACCCAAGGUGAUACAAGUCCAGGUGAGGAGGCCGGAGAAGGUCAGGGUCACGCAGAGGGUAAAGAAGACGAAGAUGGUGAAGCAAAUGGUGCCGGUCAGGCGGGUGAAAUCCAUCAAAUCUACGGUGAAACCGAUCAAGAGGAAGGCUGCCAAUGACGGCGACAGCGUGGAGAAGCGGCAGAAGAAGAUCAAUGACACUUACAGCGAGCUGCAGGAGUUGGCAGUGAAGCGGCACGCGCUAUUAGAGGACGCAAUACGGUUGUAUGGUUUCUAUCGCGAGUGCGACGACUUUGAGAAGUGGAUCAAGGACAAAGAGAAGAUGCUAAGGGCCGACGAUCCUCGUGACAACGUGGAGACCGCGAAGAGGAAGUACGAGAAGUUCCUCACCGACUUAUCAGCCUCUGGUAAACGUGUUGAAGCUAUUGACGCCGCUGUGGACGAGUUUGUCAGACAAGGUCACAGUCAAUUGGACAAGGUCAAGGCUAGACAGAAACAUAUUCAUCAACUUUGGGAUCAUUUGAAUUGGAGCAAGGCGCAGAAGGAGAAAAGUCUGGAGGGCGCUUCCAGCGUGGAGCUGUUUAACAGGACCUGUGACGAAGCCCAUGAUUGGAUGCUGGAGAAGAUUACCCAGUUGGACACUGCAGAACUGGGUCCCGACUUGAAGACAGUCCAAGCUCUGCAGAGGAGACAUCAGCAUCUGGAGAGGGAGCUAGCACCGGUCGAAGAGAAGGUCAGAAAAGUAAACCUGUUGGCAAACAGCGUGAAGAGCUCUUAUCCUCACGAACUGAACAACGUGAACGCAAGGCAAAAUGAGAUCAAGGAAUUGUGGAACCAGGUCCAAACAAAAGCUAAGGAACGUAGGUCCAGGUUGGAAGACGCAGUUGGCCAGCAGAUUUUCAUGAAUAGUUCAAAGAACCUAAUUAACUGGGCUGCAGACGUGCAAGAGACGAUGAAGGUGGAGGAGCCGGUCAGGGAUGUGGCAACUGCUGAGCAACUCCGAAAACAGCACAUGGAGCUUGGGGAAGAGAUAAAAACACGCGAAGACGAGUUCAGAGAGGUCGAGGAACUUGGAAACCAACUGCUACAUCGUAAUCCAGCUCUGGUAGACGUUAGCGAACGUUUGGAUAAAUUGUACGGUCUGUACCAAGCCGUGACGUCAGACUGGAUCGCCAAAGAGGCCCGGCUUCAGCAAUGCCUGGAGCUGCAACAAUUUAACCGCGAAGCGGAUCAAAUUGAAGCUACCACCAGUGCUCACGAAGCGUUCCUGGAAUUCACUGACUUGGGAGAGUCCCUGGACGACGUGGAAGCGUUGCUAAAGCAACACGAGAAGUUUGAGAACACUCUCCAAGCGCAGGACGAUAGGUUGAAAGCAUUCAGCGACAUGGCCGACAAGCUAAUUGCUCAGAAUCAUUAUGAUCAAGAUUACAUCAACGAGAGGAGGAAUCAGGUCUUGGCAAGGAGAAUGGCGGUCAAGGACGCUGCGCAGCGUCGCCAAGCUGCACUGAAGGCCUCGGAGCACUAUCAACAGUUCUCAGCAGAAGUGGACGACUUACGAGAUUGGCUAGGUGACAAAAUGAAAACCGCGUCCGACGAAAGCUAUCGCGAUUUGAAUAAUCUGGAACGAAAGCUCCAGAAGCACGAGGCUUUUGAGAGGGAACUGAGGGCUAACGAGGGGCAAUUGAGGGCUGUGAACAAAGCUGGGAAAGCUUUGAUAUCCGAGGAGAAUUAUAGAUCGGACGAUGUGGGUGAAACGCUGAAAGAGCUGAACGAUCAAUGGGAUAGAUUGGUAGCAUUGUCUUUAGAGAAGGGUCGUAGGCUGAGGCAAGCUGCUUCUCAGCACGGCUACAACCGAACGAUGGAAGAUGCUCGCUUGAAGCUGGAGGAAAUAGAAAACUGUUUGCAGAGCAAACAGGUUGGAGUCGAUCUUAGAAGUUGCAAGGAGUUGCUGAAGAAACAUCAGACUCUGGAGAGUGAUAUGUGCCAAUGGGAGCAAAAGGUGGACGAUCUAGUCGCAAUGGGUGAAGAAAUGGCCCAUGAAGGACACUUCGAUGCUGCUAAUAUCUUGAAGACUAGCCAAGCGACUCAAAGAAAGUUCCGUAGCUUGAAAGAGCCAGCCAAGAAAAGGCGAGAAGCGCUGGAAGAAAGCUUGCGAUUCCACAAGUUUGGCUUCGAAUUGGACGCCGAGCUGCAAUGGAUAAAGGAUCAUCUUCCACAGGCGUCUUCGACCACGCUUGGACAGAAUCUACAUCAAGCGCAGACCUUGCACAAGAAGCACAAAAAGCUCGAGGCCGAGAUUGCUGGACAUCAACCAAUGAUCGACAAGACUUUAGCUUCCGGACAAACGUUGAUCGAUCAAAUCCAUCCAGAGAAGAAAAAGAUCCGAGAACUAUGCGAUGAACUGGACGAUGCUUGGAGGGACCUCCAAGAAAAAGCGGGAGAAAGAAGCAAGGCUUUGGAUCUCUCUUUGAAGGCGCAAGAGUUCUUCUUCGAAGCAGGCGAAGUCGAAAGUUGGCUGAACGAGAAGAAUGAUGUUUUAAGUUCGACGGACUAUGGUAGAGAUCGUGACGCAGCUACGAAAUUGUUGACGAAGCACAAGGCUGUUGAACUGGAAUUGGACACCUACAACGGCAUAGUGACGGAAAUGGGGCACACAGCCACCGCCAUGAUCAAUGCGAAACACCCUGACAGCAAGGCAAUAGGAAACAAACAACAAGCAAUAGCACAGCAAAUGAGGGCGCUGCAGAGGCUAGCUACAGUGCGACAACAACGGUUAAUGGAGAGCAUGUAUCGCCACGAAUAUUUCUUGGAAAGCAGGGAACUAGAACAGUGGAUCAAGGAACAAGAACAAGCAGCUGCAUCCGAAGACUAUGGUCAAGAUUACGAACACUUGCUGAUAUUGCAGGCAAAGUUCAACGACUUCAAGCACAGAAUAGAAGCUGGCUCUGAGAGAUUCAACCAGUGCGAGGAACUGGCUAGAAAGCUCAUUGCGAAUGAGAGCCCUUACAUUCAAGAUAUCGAGAAGAGACAGGAACAAUUAGGAGCCGACGACGAUGAUCCUGUAAGCCAAGUGCGGAAGCAACACAAUGCGAUAAUGGAGUCUUGGCAACAUCUUCUUGGUCUCAUUCGAAAUCGCGAGCAAAGGUUGCAAGCAGCAGGGGAGAUCCACAGAUUCCAUCGCGACGUUGCCGAAGCUUUGUCCCGUAUUCAAGAGAAGGAAGCAGCGCUGCCAGAAGAUUUGGGACGCGAUCUAAACUCUGUCCUGGCCCUGAUCAGGCGUCACGAGGGUUUCGAGAACGACCUGGUCGCUUUGGAAGCGCAACUGCAGGUUCUGGUGGAGGAUGCAUCAAGGCUGCAAGCACACUAUCCGGGGAACAACGCUGUGCACAUCGAUCAGCAGCAGCAGAUCGUUGUUGCCCAAUGGGACGAACUGAAGGAGAGGUCUGCUCACAGAAGAGAUCAGUUGCAAGCCAGCUGCGACUUGCAACGUUUCUUGACUCAGGUCAGAGAUUUGAUGAACUGGGCGGCAGGACUGCGUGCCACGAUGUCAACCGAGGAGAAAGUGAGAGACGCGGCGAGCGCUCAGAUCCUGAAGGCCGAGCACGAAGCCUUGAAGGGGGAGAUAGAGGCGAGAGAAGAUAGUUUCAGUUCUGUCCUCGAUCUCGGAGAAGCCAUGGUUCAAACUGGCCACUACGCUGCCUUGGAGGUCGAGGAGAAGUGUAACCAACUGCUCGACGAAAGACAGAAACUGCACACUUCCUGGCAACAGAAGAAGAUUCAUCUGGAUCAGCUGAUAGACCUGCAUUUCUUCCUGCGAGACGCCAAGCAGCUGGACAAUCUGUCGACCACUCAGGAAGCUGCACUGAGCGGAGACAACUUCGGGGACUCUGUGGAGGAGGUGGACGCGCAGGUGAAGAAGCACAACGAAUUCGAAAAACUUCUGGUGACCCAGGAAGAGAAGCUGUCAGCUCUUCAAGAACAUGGAGAUAAAUUGUUGGAUCAGAAUCACUUCGAUUCUCCAACAAUUGAGAAGAGAUUGAGCGAAGUGGUGCAGAGGCGUGCAAGGAUUCGAAAUCUAUGCGAUGUCAGACGAAGAAGACUGGAGGCAGGUUUGCUGCACGCACAGUUCGUCAGAGACGUGGCCGAAGCGGAGUCCUGGAUCGGUGAGAAGCAGAAGAAAUUGGAAGCGGAGGCGUCCAAAGGUGAAGUGUCCAGUUUGGAGGACAAGAUCAAGAAGUUGCAGAAACAUCAAGCGUUCCAGGCCGAGCUGGCCGCGAAUCAGAGCAGAAUCGAAGAAAUCAAAGCUAAAGGAGAAAUUUUGCUGGCCCAACAGCAUCCGGCCAGCGCCGAAAUUCAGGAGCAGCUGGACCACUUGCACGCUUCUUGGCGAAAGUUGUUGUUCGAGUCCGGGAACCGUGGCAGAGGCUUGGAAGAGGCGCAGGACAUCCUCGAGUUCAACAACCAGGUGGAGAAGAUCGAAGCCUGGAUCAGAGAUAAGGAAAUGAUGGUGCAAGCUGGCGAUACUGGAAAGGAUUAUGAGCAUUGUUUGAGCUUGCAGAGGAAGCUGGACGACGUGGACAGCGACAUGAGAGUGGACGACUCUAGAAUAAAAACUAUCAACGCUUUAGCGGAUAAAUUAAUUAAGCAGGGCAGGGACAAUGAAUCGAAAGCGAUUCAUCAACGCAGGGAUAACUUCAAUAAUAAAUGGAAGGGCCUGCAGGGAGCGCUAAGUGCCUAUAGGGAGACGUUAGCCGGUGCGUUGGAAAUACACUUGUUCAAUAGAGACAUAGACGAUACGAGCCAGAGAGUGAUCGAGAAAUCUGUUGCCAUGAACACGUCGGACGUAGGGAAAGAUCUGCCGGCUGUCGAACACUUGCAGAGGAAACAGGAGACCAUGGAGAGAGAUAUGACUGCCAUCGAAGGAAAGUUGAAGGAGCACAAAGCAGAGGCUAGGGAAUUGUCGAAGAAAUACCCGGACAAAGCGCCACAAAUCAAUGGAAUAUUGUCGGAGUUGCAGGCCAACUGGGACGACUUGCAACGAUUCACCCAGCAUCGUCGCGAAGCGUUGAACCAGGCUUACACGUUGCACAAAUUCCAAGCUGACCUGCACGAAUUGGAGCUCUGGGUGGCGGACACGAUAAAACGCAUGGACGAGUCUGAUCCGCCGACUACGAUAUCCGAGGCCGAAGCUCUGUUGGAACUUCAUCAAGAAAGGAAAGCUGAGAUCGACGGAAGACAGGAUACUUUUAAAGCCUUGAAAGAACAUGGUCAGAAGCUUCUUGCCAUUAACGAGGACGUGAAGGGGAACCUCGAACAUCUUGAAGAACUCAGGGAGGGACUGGUCAGUGCUUGGGAAAAUAGGAGGCAGAAGUUGACGCAAGCACAUCAGUUGCAAUUAUUCAAGGAGCAGGCUGAUCAAGCCGACAGCUGGCUAGCCACGAAGGAAGCAUUUCUCAACAACGACGACCUUGGCGAAUCUUUAUCCGGCGUCGAAGCGCUCUUGCGAAAGCACGAAGAGUUCGAGAAGAUGUUGGUGUCGCAGAUGGGACGCAUCGACGAGCUGGAAAAAUUCGCGAACGAAAUCUUGUCCAAAGACCAUGCUGACGCAGGUAUUAUUAAGCGGAGGUUGGUAUCCGUCUGUGCCAGAAGAGACAGGCUGCAGAACAGCUCGAGAGCAAGGAGGAAGAAGUUGAUGGAGAGCCAUCACCUGCAUCAGUUCCUGAGAAAUAUCUACGAGGUCAAAGGCUGGCUGCAUCAAAAACAACAGGUGGCCAGUGACGAGAAUUACAGGGACUCGUCGAACUUGCAAAGCAAGAUUCAAAAACAUGCUGCGUUUGAGAGUGAACUGAUGGCGAACAAAGGGAGAGUCGCUGCCGUUGUUGGCGAAGGUGAAGCUCUGAUCGAGGAGAAUCACUAUGCUUCGGACAGUAUCCAAGAACGUUUGGACGAACUGGAGGCAGAAUGGCGUCAUCUCCAAGAGACUAGCGAGCUCAAGAAGAACAGAUUGACCGACGCCUACCAAGCUCUAUUGUUUGGCCGUACUUUAGACGAGUUUGAGACAUGGAUGGACGAAGUGGAAACUCAAUUGCAGUCGGAGGAUCACGGGAAAGACCUGUCGAGCGUAGCCAAUUUAUUGAAGAGACACACCAAUUUAGAGAACGAUAUCCUGGGUCACAGCGAUGGCUGCGAAACGAUCAAAGACACGGCAGCUAGUUUCCAGAAAUCGAAUCAUUUCAUGUGCGACGAGAUCCAAGAGAGAGCAAUGGUUACUAUAAACAGGUACAACAGCUUGCAAGAACCAAUGCAGAUACGAAGAGACAAUCUAGAAGAUGCGAAGUUGUUGCAUCAGUUUUCAAGGGACGUCGAGGAUGAAAUGCAUUGGCUGUCGGAGAAGGAGCCUUUGGCGGCUAGCAAUGACUUGGGUAGUUCCCUGACGACGGUACAGAGACUGCAGAAGAAGCAUCACUCUUUGGAAGCUGAAUUAAUAUCCAGGGAACCCGUGGUUACUUCUUUGGUCAGCAGAGCGAACGUCAUGGUGAGAAGCGGGCAUUUUGCAUCGGAGAAGAUUGAGAAACUGUCGCACGAGUUGCAAGAGAAACUGUCGCAUCUCAGGGAUCUAGCCAGCGUUCGCAAAUUGCGUCUGCUGGACGCUGUCGAGUCGCAAAUGUUCUACGCUGAAGCUGCCGAGACCGAGCAAUGGAUCAAAGAAAAAUAUCCUCAGUUGACGUCAACGGAUUACGGGAAGGACGAAGACUCUGUUCAGUCUUUGUUGAAAAAAUUGGAGGAGAUCGAGCGAGACCUCCUCGGCUUCGAGAAGAACAUUGGCAACUUGAGGAAACUGUCGCAUGGGCUGAUCGAGAGGCAUCACUUCGACAGCAAGAACAUCACUCAGAAGCAGACGGAGAUCGAGCAGAAGUUCAAAGAACUGCAGAAGCUCAAAGAAUAUAGGUUCCAAAGACUCAGAGAGAGUGAAAAGUUCUUCAAGUUCGUUCGACAAGCGGACGAAGUCAUCGAAUGGAUUGGAGAUCAGACAACAGUAGCAGCUUCGGAGGAUUACGGUCGCGAUGUGGAACACGUUGAGCUUCUGAUCCAGACGUUUGACAAUUUCCUAGCCGGUUUGACGACUAGCGAAGGUCGCGUGUCCGCAAUACUGGAAAAGGGCCAGCAAUUAAUAGAAGAGAACAAUCCGGAGAAGAGUAAAAUCCUGAUGAAGAUCGAAGAAACGAAACAGCAAUGGGAAGACAUUAAGGAAUUGGCGCAUGCACGGCAAGAUGCGUUGGCGGGUGCAAAACAGGUGCACAUGUUCGAUAGAACCGCGGAUGAAACAAUCUCGUGGAUUCAGGAGAAGGAAACGGCUCUUAGCUCUGACGGCUACGGUCACGAUUUGGAGACUAUACAGGCUUUGGUUCGGAAACACCAAGGGUUUGAAACGGAUUUAGGUGCAGUUAAGGAACAGGUGGAGUUGUUAAUGGAAGAGGCUUCGAGAUUGAUAGAACUGUUCCCGGAUGCUCGUACUCAUAUAGAUGUGAAACACCAAGAAGCUGAAGCAGCCUGGAACGAGCUGCUAGAGAAGGCUGCUCAGAGAAGAAGCAAACUAUCCCAAGCGGAGCAGCUGCAAUCCUAUCUAGGCGAGUAUAGAGACUUAAUGUCCUGGAUCAACGAGAUGGUAGCCAAGGUUACCGCUCCAGAGCUGGCUCGCGACGUGCCAGGGGCCGAAGCUCUGAUAUCCAGACACAGCGAAUACAAGACGGAGAUCGAGACUCGAAACGAGGCGUUCGACAAGUUCUACAAAACUGGGCAAGAGUUGAUAGAGCAAGGCCACUUCUUGGCAAAGGAGAUCGAGGACAAGGUGUCCGUCUUGCAGCACAGACAACAGUUCCUCAAGGACACUUGGGAACAAAGGAGACGUAUAUACGAGCAGAACUUGGACACGCAACUGUUCAAACGGGAAGCUGAGACGUUGGAAAACUGGAUAGUCAGCAGAGAGCCUAUGCUGCACGAUGAAACGUUAGGCGAGAGUAUUCCACAGGUGGAGGAAUUGAUAAGAAAACACGAAGAUUUCGAGAAGACUAUCGCAGCUCAGGAAGACAGGUUUAGUGCUCUCAGGCGGAUAACUAUGUUGGAGAAGGCAUUCCAAAAGCAACAGGAGGCUGAAAUGGCGGCGAGGCAGGCGGAGAAAGAGAGGAUAGAGCGAGCACGCCUUGAAGAGAGGAAACGCAAGGAAGUGCAGAGGAUAACCGAAGAAAGGAAGCGCGAAGAGGAACGAAGAAGACUGCUGGAUAGUCCGCAUCGCACUGUUCACGAUGAAAUUAACGGCACGACCGAGGAGCAUGAGUCUAUCAACAAACUGUCCCCGUUAAAAACUUCCAUUACCCCUGAGAACUUGGACGUGACUCCGAAUCAAAAAGCACAUGGCAUUUCUCACGUCUUUGGCGAGAAGCUAAGGAGAACGGCUCCCGAUAUCAAGAGGGCCGAGAGCAUGAAGGUCGACACCAAGAAACCCAGAAGAACGCCUAGCUUCACAACGAGGAGACGGACUCAAAGCUUCAGGAAGCUUCAACGGAUGGAAAACAUGGACACCUUGCCACCGGUGGAGAUCCAGGGUUUACUAGAAAGGAAGCACGAACUGCAAAGCGCUGGCAAGAAGGCAGCCGUGAGAUCCUGGAAACAGUAUUACACAGUACUGUGCGGUCAACUGCUGUGCUUCUUCAAGGAUAUAGAGGAUUUCUCGCUGAGCAAGGCUGCGACCGCUCCUAUCACCAUCUUCAACGCCAUAUGCGAGAAAGCGGACGACUAUACUAAAAAGAAGAACGUGUUCAGGUUGAAGUGUACAGACGGUUCCGAAUUCCUGUUCCUUGCACCUAGUCAGCAAGAGAUGGAAGACUGGGUCAACAAGAUAUCGUUCCACGCCAAAUUACCCCCUAGCCUUCAGCUUCUCAGCUACGACGAGUCCCAGAAGGAGGGUUUAGAAAGACUACAGAACGCUGAUGCGGCUGAACACGCCGACGACAAUUUAUCCACCGGAAGCAGUCGUGCUUCCACCCCGGAACUUGAACGAAAGAACUCUGUGAUCAGACGCGACAUGCCUAAUCAACAUUCCCCCAGUAGCGUUCAGAUCGAGUUCCUUCAGAUGCACAGGCAGAAUCAACAGAGACGCGAUCCUCAGGGCAACAAUGAGUUCAUGGUGUCGCAAAGAACGGAGCCACCCCAGACUCAGACAGAAUUCCUGCAGAUGCAUCGGCAGCAACAGUUGCUUGCCCAGCAGCAACAACAACUGAUACAGCAGGAACAAUUGGCCAGCCAGAAAGAACAGUACCAACCUAAUUCAGGGGACAAACCUCCGAUUCCACCGAGGGGAGCACCUCCGCCCAUUCCAGUACGGUCACCGAGCACCGAACUUCUACAGCAAUUCAGACAAUACGAACCGGAGCACGUGCAGGGGAGGCCGAGCUUCUACCAACAACGCAGUGCUACGUUGAACCACAAUGGAUCCAGUCAGUACCCUCCGAAUCAAACUUGGCAGAGGCAGAGCAGCGUGGAUUUGCCGACGCAACAUCAAGAAUUAGCACCUCCCUUGCCAUCGACCGCUCCCCCGCCAACCAGAAUGGCUCAGUGGGGUGCCCCUCAUGAUCCUGCCUAUGGAAAUGUCCCUGUAAAUACCAGACAGGGUAUGCAGCAGAAUAAUUCUUUUACCGGUAGGCCAGUUUCUUUGCCGCCGUACGUGGCACCUCCUGCUGUGCCACAAAACCCACAGAACGUCACGGUCAUGGACGGAAGAAGAGCUAGCGAGAGUGGAUCGGAAAGCGAACACAGCGUGGGCAGCAAUCGCAAGGACAGGGAUUACAAGAGGAGUUCUGUAUUGAGCAAUCUGUUCGGCAGACGCAAGAAACCGUCUCAGUCGUAAUCAGAGUUUUCGCGGACCAUGUGAACGGCACGAGAGUCAUUGUCAAAGGAACGUUGACAGACGACAAGUAGUUCCUUUAAAGAGAUUAGGAAGGACGUGUGUAUAGGUUAUCAUUGCUAUAUACUACAUUAACAUCCCUUGUAAAUUAUUUUUAUGUACUAUACAAGUUUAACGCUGAGUAGAGAUUUAUUAUUCGCGUUAUCUGAUAACGCGAUGUAUGUUGAGUUGAUCAUAUAAGUUAAAAUAUAUAUACAAUUAUUGAUGGAAGAAAUAGUUGCAACGGAAGAAGAAAUCAUUUUCAAUGGAUCUUAGAUACUGAGCACCUCUGUUUUUUUUUAUACAUACUGAUAACUUCUAAGAAGUUUUGUAACUUGUUCAGCACAGUUAAUGAAUUCUUUGCAAUUAUAGAUAGAGAUUUAUCUAUGUAUACACCCGUAUGAACGAAGGUUCCAGAGAUGUUGUUCUGCGAGGGGAGUCCAUUGUUUGGUGAAGUUUUUAUAAUCCUUCGGCAUGAAAGGAAUCGGCGAUGCAACAUAUGGAUGAUUUCACGACGUUGAUAGAUGCAGAAAUUUCAUGCUAACAAAAAGAAUCAUUGAUCGAAAUUUAUUUAAAGUGUACCUGACUUUAAUGAAAUGUACGCGGAAGAAAACAGGCAGACACGUGUGCAACGUAACGUUUAAGUUGUAGAUUUCGUAAUAUAUGUUGCAAAUAUAUUAUAUAUUUGAGAAUGCCUGUUCCGGGACCAAUGAUCGUUAAAUGUUUGUUAAGAGACCAGAGAUAUGUGUAUACGUAUCAUAUUUUUGAAAGAAAACGGGAAAUUAUGUUCUUAAAGCAUGAUCGAUUAUUCUUCAUCUUUCUUUUUCUUUUUUCUUUUGUAACGAACACUAUAUCCGAAUAGUGUAUUUAAUACUGCAUCAAGUAUAAUUAUUAUGUAGGCUUGUGUCAGUGCGUAUCUUGUAGUUACAUGGUACUCCUUUCCGUGCUGAGGAGCCGAUACACAAGAACUAAACGAACAGAUCGAAUGAAUAAAUAGAGAAAUAAAUAUAAAAAUCACUUGGAA